UGAAAAGCCACCCAACCUUCUAUAAAAAAGAUUGUUUGACUUGUCAUGACGAUAACAUCUAGUAAGGAAUCUGAACAUUGCUCUUUUACAGGACUGAAGCAGUGAGGAUGGAGCCCACGAAGAUCAACAUGUCCCGCGUGGCCCUGGUCAACGGCGGCAUCGACGGCGCCAUGCUCAAGGCGCACAAACCGCGCGUCAUGUCCAAGAGCGGCCACAGCAACGUCAGGAUCGACAAAGUCGACGGCAUCUACCUGCUCUACCUGCAGGACCUGUGGACCACGGUCAUCGACAUGAAGUGGAGGUACAAACUCACCCUGUUUGCUGCUACUUUCGUCAUGACCUGGUUCCUCUUCGGGGUGAUCUACUACGCCAUCGCCUUCCUUCACGGUGACCUGGAGAUGAACAAGUUCUCCCCGAAGCGGGAGCCGUGCGUGAAGAACGUGGAUUCCCUGACUGGGGCGUUCCUCUUCUCCCUGGAGUCCCAGACAACCAUUGGCUAUGGAUUUCGUUUCAUCACCGAGGAAUGUCCCCACGCUAUCUUCUUGCUUGUGGCCCAGCUGGUCAUCACCACCCUGAUUGAGAUCUUCAUCACAGGUACCUUCCUGGCCAAGAUCGCCAGGCCAAAGAAAAGGGCAGAGACCAUUAAAUUCAGCCACUGUGCUGUCAUCACCAAACACAAUGGGGAGCUUUGCCUGGUGAUCAGAGUGGCAAAUAUGAGGAAGAGCCUCCUGAUACAGUGUCAGCUCUCUGGGAAGCUUCUCCAGACCUAUGAAACCAAAGAAGGGGAGAGGAUUCUGCUGAACCAAGCCAGUGUCAAGUUCAACGUUGACUCCUCUUCGGAGAGCCCAUUUCUCAUUCUGCCUUUAACCUUCUACCACAUUUUGGAUGAAAGCAGCCCUCUGAGAGACCUCACACCUCAAAACCUCAAGGAGAAGGACUUUGAGCUUGUGGUGCUCCUGAAUGCCACGGUGGAGUCCACCAGUGCUGUCUGCCAGAGCAGGACUUCCUACGUCCCCGAGGAGAUCCACUGGGGCUACGAGUUCGUGCCUGUGGUUUCCCUCUCCCCAAAUGGAAAGUACGUGGCGGAUUUCAGUCAGUUUGAGAAGAUCAGGAGAAGCACAGAUUCUACUUUUUACAGUGUGGACUCUGAAAAGCAAAAGCUGGAGGAGAAAUACAGGCAGGAGGACCAAAGAGAGAGGGAACUGAGAACAAUGUUGUUACAGCAGAGUAAUGUUUGAUUGGAUGGACAAAGUAUUCUGAAUAAUCCUUUUUCUGCAAACUGAAAAAAGAACAUACUUUCUGUGCUGUAUGUCUGCUGUGAAACCAGAAGUGAAGCCCUUUUCAGGAUUAUUUCCUUUUCAGUCCUAUUUCAGCAAAUAGCUUUGGUGUACAGUAAAUCGACCCCUUUGGCUAAGUUGUUAAUCAAGUAUUUUGUAAUUAGGCAGGAUUUCUUUGUUCCUGAUCGUGACUUAGCAAAAUUGGGUUUGUGUUAAACCUCUGCCUGAUGCCACCACUGGAAGCAGACACGCCACUUUCCGUUUGGAAAGUGAAACUGGACUCCCUGUGCUGAUUCCCUCAAAUAUUUAUUUGACGUGGUUUUACUGUGAACAUGCAGGGGCAGCACACAGCACUGCUAGAGGAAAACGUGCUCCUUUGAAACAUGUACCUUUAAAAUGUAAAUUCUCCUACCAGGGAUCACCUGCGUGGGGAUUCCUGCCACUGAAAGUAAGUUGAUUGAAGAGACAGAUGGUUGGAUGUGGGAAGAGCUGCAGGGAGGGGUUAAACUCCUUAAAUCUGGAAGGAAUGUGACAGAGCAGUGCUGGGUGGUGGGGAGGAACACUCACUCUCUGUCUCUGCUGCUCAGAGCUCGUUCUGUGAUUGUUUUGGGAUCACUCACUUUUUUUAACCUUGCUAAUGCCUGAUUUAUAUCUGAUAGCAAAAGGGGGAGAUGAGGGCAGGAAACACACAGGAUCACAACAGUAAUCACCUAGGGUUGUAGCUGGCUUUGAGACACCUGGUUUUUAUCCAAUGUAAAUAGUUUGUAACAGCAGCAUAACAAUACAAUUCUACACAUUGCUUGCUUUGCUCCGGACCGUAUUUAAUUUUGGUUAAAAGAA